CCGAGAGUGUACAAUGUAGGUUCGAAAAUCGUCAAUCAUCGUUGCUCAUCGGUUUCUAUCGCUGCUGCGAGAAUAUAUAAAGGGGAUACACGUGUCUGCAUCAUUAAUGCAUGACAUAUAAUGACAUUUGCGACUAACGUGAAAUUGCUCGACGUCGAGGUUAAAUAUUCUUUUGAUAUCGCGGAAAAUCCGACGAAAUUACUCGCAAUUUCUAGUAACACUCGGUCGUAAAAUCUGCGACAUUUUCUCACGAACACUCUUCAAGAUCUAUAUUACAUUGAGUGUAAGAAGGGAAAGACAACUUGCACGGCAUCUGUCUCGUAGUUUUUCAGUUUGGCUGAGUCAAGAAAUCUCAUAAGAUUUUCAAUAACUUUUCAUAAAAUUAUAACACGAUCAAAAUGGAGUUUCCAAAUUUGGGAGAGCAUUGUUCUGAGAGUACAUGUAAUCGUUUGGAUUUCUUACCAUUAAAGUGUGACGCCUGUGCGGGGAUCUUUUGCACAGAUCAUGUAUCAUAUGCAAAUCACAGUUGCCCCAGUGUACAUAAAAAGGAUGUACAGGUGCCUGUAUGUCCAUUGUGCAAUGUUCCUAUAUCGAUAAAACGUGGUGAUCCACCUGAUUUGGCUGUAGGAUUGCAUAUAGAUAAUGACUGUAGGGAAAAUCGUAGAAAAAUAUUCUCCAACAAGUGUUCUUCGAAGGGAUGCAAGGUCAAAGAAAUGAUACCGGUGAAGUGCAGCGAAUGCGGUGCCAAUUUUUGUUUAAAGCACAGACACCCUACAGAUCAUGCUUGCAUUGGAGCGGAAGAAGCUUUAAGAUUACGUAGGCUGGAAGCACUAAACAAAAAAGCUCAAACGACAAUAGCACAAAAUAGCAACAGCAAUUCACAUUCGUUUCGAAGUCUUCAAGGAACAAUAAGCGAGGAUGAAGCACUAGCCAGAGCUCUCCAAGCUUCCUUAGAGGACGAAGAGAGAAGCAGAAGAGUAUUGCAACCAGUGCCUUCUGGAAACAGAGAUAGGUGUAGACUUUCAUAACUGUUUAUACAUUAUAUUAUAGAAAAAAAUAUUUGUUUCCUGAAAUAUCGUUUAUUUGUAUAAAAAUAUAUAUAAUAUAUAAUUUAUUUUUACCCAAAGUAACACAUACAACAAAAAUUUUAAAUUUUCUUGAUUUUAUUCCUUGCUGCAUUCAUUUUUGAGCUAUUAUAUAUCAUUGUAGAAAUAACGACUUUGUUACAUUUACAUGCUAUUAUUAUGUAGUGUAUAUAGAUAUUACAACAUAUUUAUAAAAUUUAUUGCUCACCUAGUUACAAACCACAGAAUUUUGUGAGAUUUCUUAGUAAAAUACGAAAUUUUGUAAAGCUAAGAUUUAUAAAAAAAUUAAAUGAGAUAUCUAAUAUAUUGUAUUUUGAAAUAUUUAAACUAUAUACACAACAUGAUACAACAAUUAAAACAUUUGUCUUGUAAGCAUUAUUAUAUAAAAUUUUAAGUUGUUAAAUAUAUAUUCAUAAUUUAA